CGACGCGCGGAAUCUCAUUCAAUGCGCUGCUUCAGCGUGUGUUCACGUCACCUAGAGCUGGUGAUAAGAUAUGGCGUACAGAACAGUUCAAGUGACCAAUGUAUACGAUCAGGCUAGUGCAGAUGACCUAGCCAGCAAGCUCAAGGACGUGGGGAAUCAUGCCGAUAUUUUUGAGGAAUUGCGACGACGUUCUGUCAAUGCUAAAGAUGAAGUCAGACGCGUGUUUUGCGCGGUCUGCAACGAAAGCAGGAAGACGGAUGAUCUUGGAACGACAAGAGAAGAGUCAAGAAUUCUUCGGGAAGUUGCUCUCAAGAUGAUUGACGAUGUAUACUGCGGUCCUUGUGUUGCUCUCCCAGGUCAGCAGCUGAAUCCUGAUGGCGACUUGGCCCAAUACGAGCAGUCCUCACUUCAAGGGGCUGCUCAGCAGAACGACGAAGAGAUCGUCAAAAGAUUGCUAAGACGCACACCAGACACUGAUGAGGAGAAACUGCGAAGAGCCAUCCUUCAUGAAGAUGAGGAUGGCAAGACUGCCCUUGUAUUUGCAAUUCUCAAUCAAUCGCCUGAAAUUGUGGAGCUCCUCAUCGACACUGAGCCAUUGCUGCUAAAACAAAAAAAUUUGAGAGGAUUUACGCCUCUACAUAAAGCAACGCAUACAUAUCUCGAGGCGUUAAAACGACCGAAUUCUUUCUCGAUAGAUAACCUAGAAAGAAUCAUCCUUAUGAUCGCCAGAAAAGAACCGUCAUUGUUGACGACUCUGGAUAACCAAAAGAUACCCCCGUUUGCAUUCGACCAGGAACGUAUGAAGCGACUGGAUAACGAGAAAAGAUGUGCUGCUCGCGACUGGUUCUUAGAACUUAUCUGUGAAUUUGUCAAGGAUCAGGCACUGGAAUCAGCGGCAUACCAGCGCGGGUCCACAUGCCGAGUCACUCUUAGCCUAGGAGAUCUUGACUUCAAGGACUCCCAAGAAGAUCCAAAGUUACAGGCUAAAAUAUUUGAAGCGUUCGUUGACCGUUUUCAACGUGUUCGAGGUGUCGAGCUAGAGUCAACUUUGGCUGAAUUAGUCCUGCCUGACAUGACCUUUGCUGGGGACGUCAAGAUACAUGCCUGUAUAAGAAAACUUUUCGAAAAACUAGAAGAAUUUCCCGUCUCUAAGAUAGUGAGUCUCAGGGUUUGGGACAAUCCACUUCGUCCACUACCUAGCAGCGAUAUAGCAGACAUAGUCGAAAGAUUUCAAGUAGCGGAACUUGACUGGUACAGGAUUAACCUUGACCUCGAGGCCUUUAGCGAUCGAGCAAAAGAAUCCAUUCGAACCCUUCACCUUUAUUCAGAUGGUAAUUGGGGGUCUUUGUUCCAUUGGACAGACUGGUGUGGCUUCCCCACUUUCCCAAAUCUGAAGGAUGUUCACAUCUACAUUGUGGAUGAAAGUGAAACAUAUAGAGAUGAGGCCGUACAAGAACAAUUAGAUGCUUUGUGCGACAAGGUCAAAGAAAGGAGACUUCAGGAAAUAAUACCCAAAAUUCCUCUUCGAGAAGACGGGACGAAGGUUCGCGCCAGUGUUGAGAUCAUUCCCAAACAUCAGCCGCUCCAUUUAACGGGUUUCCGCCCUCCAAUAAUUAAUGCUAGCGACAGAUUUUUCAGCGUUUUUGACAAAGUACACAAGUUCAUGAGGAGUUCCGAUCAGAAUAUUUUUCCUCCCGCACGCGUCCGCUUCGGAGGUCUACGACGGCCGGCCAGAAAUGUUUCUCGGAUCAAAGUUGCUGUAAUUGAUAAUGGCUUUGAUCACUGGCAGCCAGCUUUCCAAGAUAAAAUCGGGAAAGCCAAGUCGUUUGAUACAGGGUUUCAAGAAAGAGACCGUAACGUCAUGCGUCCAGCAUUUAUGGCUUCUGAAGGACAUGGUACCCAGAUGGCAUCUCUCAUCGUUCAGAUUAAUCCAGAGGUUGAGCUUUGGCUCUAUAGAAUAAAUUCUGGACGAAAAGGACACGACAUCGAUGCAGCGGUACAGGCAAUAGAGGAAGCGACCGCUGAUGGUGUUGAUAUAAUGAACUUGAGCUGGACCAUAAACUACGAUCGCGACAACAAGCUCAAGGAUGCUGUCGAGGCUGCUGCUCAGAAGAACAUCUUGAUCUUUGCUUCUGUUUCGGACAACGAGCAGCCCGCUGGCAAUGUCUAUCCAGCUGCCUACAAAGAUUCAGUGAUUAGAGUCAUGGCUGCCGACGUGUAUGGAAGAAGAAUGGCGAAAGCCCGCCGUGAUGUCGAUGUUAUGAUUCUUGGACAGAGCCUAUCAACAUGGGGCUUGAGCUGGGUUUCGAAAAAGCCGGAAAUAGUUUCUGGCUCAUCUGCUGCAACAGCACUUGUAUCCGGUCUUGCAUCUGUUCUGCUCUACUAUGUUCAGUGCGCCAACGCAGAAUCUGACCCUAGGAGAUCUGACUGGCGGAAGGCGAAACAAAGGACGAUAAUGCUUCAGUUGCUCACAAAGAUGCGGCUUGGUGAGCCAAGAAAGGAUGGGAAAGGCGUAUUAAUUGACCCCUAUGUGUUGUUCGAGGAAAAGGCAGAGAGCGAUGAGAGCGAUUUUGAUUGGAAGCGAACUUUUGAUAUUGCCAGCUUACUGUCGAGGAAGUGAGGCCCGGCUGUUCUGAGAUGUGGACGCCAUAUUCGCUCAUCGACGCAAGCUGGUACCCAAAAGGCGGAGGCUAAAAAAACCCGUUUUAAUGUUCUAACGUGGUCGCGGUGACGCAUGGAGGGAUUGCCUUCAAAUUUUGAUUCUUCUGCGG